AUGUCACGCACGGGUCCUCCACCUCGCCGGACCUUCAGAGUGCCAACCGAGCUUGUUCUGAUCGUUGUGGUCACUCUUAUCUCCCAUGCUCAGGGACAGAUAUACUGCUUGAAGGAGUAUAAGGCAAGCCCAAACCACACGGGCUGCAAGAACGCAAACAACAUCACCGCGGUUCCAACCUACCAGCGGCAGUCCUUCUACAACGACGUCCUCUUGCAGCUCUUCAACUCGUACCGCAGCAGUGUGGCAGUCGGCAACUGCAAGCCGUUUCCCUCAGCCGCCAACAUGCUGAAGUUGGAGUGGGACAACGAACUGGCCACCCUGGCUUACCUGCAUUCGGCCUUCCUGAUCAACACAUCCAACUGGCCCCUCCACGACGAAGUGUAUAACCGCUUCACGACGCGUUUCAAAGAGACGGGUCAGAGCGUCGCCGUCUUGCGCAACACCACUCACCGGUACGUGUCCUACUGGAACACCGUGAUCCGGGAGUGGUUUGCGGAGUACCAGCUCGUGAAGUUGGCGGCGGUGCGCUCUUACGACGCGGACGAGUCGACCACCAACGUCUCGCAGAUGUGGUGGGCCGCGACCAGGUACGUGGGUUGCGGCUACUCGACCAUGUUGAUGCCCAACGGACACGACUACGACCACUCCUACGUGUGCAACUUUGGACCGGCGGGCAACGUGCGCGGGAGCCCGAUCUACCGGCAGGGCGACACGUGCAGCAUGUGUCCGAUGGAGACGAAGUGCGAGCCGACGACGGGCCUCUGCGCGGUGUUCGACGGCCCCCCGUUCCCGCCCUUUGGCGACGACGAGAAGGUGAACCAGUCACCCGUGGAAGCCGCCUAUGCGCUAGCGCCGCCGGUGGCGCUAAUUGCCGUCACUGCCGCUUUGCGCGUCAUUUCGUACGCGAUGGAUAUGCGAUAA